UAUAACUUAUAUACCUACCCACAUAACCUCAACUCGUGUGAUUUUCUUCUUUCUAUUUUGAUAGUAUUAUACUUAUACCAUUAACCAUUACGUUGUAAAUCCAUUUAUUACUUUGUCAAACUAUCGUGUGUCAUUAAAAAUGCCAAAAAUUAAGGCAGAAAAAAAAACGAGAAUUCAUAAAGAAAUUGCUAAACAAGGUAUUCAAUUUAACAAGGACUUCGGUCAACACAUAUUGAAGAAUCCACUAAUAAUAACCUCUAUGUUAGACAAAUCUGGAUUAAGGCCUACUGAUGUAGCACUUGAGAUUGGUCCUGGUACUGGCAAUAUGACAGUCAAAUUGCUGGACAGAGUAAAAAAGGUAUUAGCCUGUGAAAUUGAUACAAGAUUGGUUGCUGAACUUCAAAAACGUGUGCAAGGUACUCCUUAUCAAGCAAAAUUACAAAUUUUGGUUGGAGAUGUUUUGAAAACAGAAUUACCAUUUUUUGAUAUAUGUGUAGCAAAUAUUCCAUAUCAAAUUAGUUCACCUUUAGUGUUCAAAUUGCUGCUACACAGACCUUUCUUUAGGUGUGCAGUGCUCAUGUUUCAAAAGGAGUUUGCACAGAGAUUAGUUGCAAAGCCUGGUGAUAAAUUGUACUGCAGACUGUCAAUAAAUACACAAUUAUUGGCUAGAGUUGAUAUGCUGAUGAAGGUUGGCAAGAACAAUUUCAGACCACCACCCAAAGUAGAGUCUAGUGUUGUGAGAAUAGAACCAAGAAAUCCACCUCCGCCUAUAAAUUUUGUAGAAUGGGAUGGUUUGACUAGAAUAGCAUUUGUAAGAAAAAAUAAAACACUCUCAGCUGCAUUCAAACAUGCAACCACAAUGGCUGCUUUGGAGAAAAAUUACAGGGUCCAUUGUUCUUUACACAAUAAGGAAAUCCCUGAAGAUUUUGAUAUUAAGCAAAAAGUACAUGAAAUAUUGACAUCCUGUGAAGCUGAUCAAAUGAGGGCUAGAACAAUGGAUAUUGAUGACUUUAUGAAGCUAUUACAUGCUUUUAAUGCUGAAGGGAUUCAUUUUGCAUAAAUAUUAAAAAGAAAUGUUUUC